CGCGCGCCCUGCGACGGCAGGGUUUGAGUGUUGCACUUAAUGGGGCCUUUCUCUUCUUAGCUUCCGCUCUUUGCGGAAGUUCAGACUGGACAUUUAGCGGGCGCUGGAGAAAAUACUGAAAUAUGUGGAUUAAGUAACCUGUCCAAGAUAGACACGAUUCAUGAACCCCAAUCAUUCUGCUUUGACCUCUGAAGACAGAUAAUUACUACGCUAUGGCAGGGAUUUUGCGCUCAGUGGUUCAGGGGCCCCCUGGAAGGCUACAGAGUGUGACAAAAGGUGUGGAAUCUCUCAUGGGUACAGAUUGGAUUCGUCACAAAUUUACCAAAUCAAGAAUUCCAGAUAAAGUGUUUCAGCCUUCCCCUGAAGAUCAUGAAAAAUAUGGUGGGGACCCACAGCACCCUCACAAAUUGCACAUUGUCACCAGAAUAAGAAGUACAAUAAGACGUCCAUAUUGGGAAAAAGAUAUAAUAAAGAUGCUUGGAUUAGAAAAAGCCCAUACCCCUCAAGUUCAUAAGAAUAUCCCUUCAGUGAACGCGAAACUGAAAGUGGUUAAACAUCUGAUAAGAAUCCAGCCCCUGAAGCUGCCACAAGGACUUCCCACAGAAGAGAACAUGGCUAACACGUGCCUCAAGAGCACCGGGGAGUUAGUAGUACAGUGGCAUCUAAAGCCCGUGGACACCUCUAAUCCCAACACUCAGGGGGCUGAGGCAGGAGGAUCCUUGCAAGUUCAAGGCCGGCCCCAGGCUACAUAGUUCAAGACUAGCCUAAAUUACAAAGCAAGACCGUGACUCAAAGAAAUCCCCUGUGGAGCAGGAAACAAGUUCUAUGCCACAGAGCUUUAUAUUUAAAAAAAUGCAAAUUA